AUGGAUAAGGCGAGUUUUGUUGCAGAAGGAUGCAUAUUACGGGUUUUGAUACAACAAGGUGCGACUGUUGCUGGUUUUGCUUCCGAACUUGUGUCAAAUACCACUAGAGAUGUGGAAACAUUAUCCAUGAUCAUAUUGCUUUACCAACUAGUUACUGAAGCUGAUUGUGUGGCUAUGGUAUCAGGAAUUAUAAUCAAAUCCUAUUGGCAAACUGCUUCGGCGAGAAAGGCAGAGAAUUUAAACAUGCUAUCUUUUGAUGUACGAAUUCCAAAUACGUUUUUCCCAACUCACGAGCAAGAAAACGAUGGUAAAGUGCAUCAUUUGGAAAACAUGAAUUUUUUUUGGUAUGAUUCACCUGAAGGGCCAGAUUUGAGUAAAACAGAUCAAAACGAGCUUUUUCUUGUAGGCAUCUUGUGGUUUGAUGAUGGCAGCAGUAGAAUUCUGGUCUAUAUUUAG